UUUGUCGUACAUAUAUAAGAAAGCUCACAGUCUAUAUUCUCUGAGACCAAAAUCCAUCCUAUAGAAGAUAUACAAAAGCCCUCCGGCUUCGGUCAGAAAUGGCAGACGAGACGCUGUUCCUCUCCAAUCAUCAGCCAUCGACCCCUGACAAGAAGCCGUUACUUACCAUGGACUCGAUGAUCGAGCAGUGCAUUGGCAAGUUCGGCUGGGCCCAGCUUGAUCAGGCUGUGCUGGUGUCCCUCUCGUGGCUCUUCGACGCUCAGCAGACCUUCAUCAGUGUGUUCACCGACUCAGACCCCGCGUGGCACUGCACGGACCCCAUCAAGUGUGUGUCCGGCACUUCCGACCUGUGUGGGCUCCCUGAUGGCUCAUGGGCCUGGGAUGAGGUCGCAGGCCACAGCUCCGUGGUGUCGGAGUGGGGACUACAGUGUGCCACGCCAAUAGUGAGGGGCUUACCCGCGUCGUCCUUCUUUGUGGGGUGCCUCAUUGGGGGCCUCAUCCUAGCCAGGCUGGCCGACUCGUCCCUCGGCCGCCGCAACCUCCUCCUCUUGUCGUGCCUCUCCAUGGGUGUCUCCAGCCUCGUCACCGCCUUCUCCAACAGCAUAUGGGUGUACGCUGCACUACGGUUUGUGUGCGGGUUCUGGCGUGCUGCGAUAGGCACCUGUGCACUCGUUUUGGCCACAGAGCUUGUUGGGAAGCGGUGGCGGGGCCCUGUGGGGAUGUUGGGGCUUCUCGGCUCCACAGUCGGCUUUCUCUCACUCCCUGCGAUAGCAUAUGUGAAUCGAGGCAGGUCAUGGCGGAGACUGUACCUGUGGACCUCCAUUCCCGCGCUGUUGUACUGCAGUUUGGUCUAUUUCCUCGUGCGCGAGUCUCCCAGGUGGCUACUUGUUAGAGGCCGGAAGGAAGAAGCGAUCCAAACACUAAAGAGCAUCGCGCCGCCGGAGCAGCGACCCCGCCUUACAUCCAGCUUCUUCUCCACCGUUGCCUCCCUUGACGACUAUGAUCCCUUGACAGAGGCUGUCGACCACUUCUCGGCAGUGAAGCUACUUUUCAUGAGGCGAUGGGCCCUUCUCCGCUUGUCCAUCGUAUCAGUUGUCGGGUUUGGGAUUGGGAUGGUAUACUAUGGGAUGCCACUGGGGCUCGCCAACCUCUCCUUCAAUCUCUACCUCGGUGUCGCCUUCAAUGCCUUCUCGGAAGUCCCCUCAACCCUCGCUGCUAUGCUCCUCAUCACAAAGCUCAACCGAAGGCACAUCCUCCUUGUCCUGACUGCCGUCAGCACGGUCUUCAGCCUGGCAUGCACCCUCAAGGGCGAGCCCUGGGAGCGGUUCCAGAUGGGGUUCGAGCUGGUGUCAUUUGGGACCGGCUGCAGUGCACUGUGUGUGCUGCUCAUAUACACCUUGGAGCUGUUCCCAACCUGCGUGAGGAACUCUGCAGUCUCCUUGGUGAGGCAGGCCCUAGUGCUCGGCGGCACCUUCAGCCCUGUCCUCGUGGCAGCCGGGAGGGCCACAGGCGGGACACUCUCGUAUGGAGUGUUUGGGGCAGUGAUCGGAUGCUGCGGGCUCUUUACGGCCUGUCUGCCCAACACACAGGGAGGGACCUUGUGUGACACGAUGGAAGAGGAGGAACUUAAGAUGAGAGAGCGAUCGUCCGGCCAGAUAUCAGCGCCGUUAACUCUUGCGUAGAGUUUUCUAUGCAUUCAUCAAGCUGAACCCAGCUACCAUUUGAGCUGCAACUUCGAUCAUUUUUAUUUUAAAUUUUUUACUAUGGUAAGGUUUAGUUGAGAUUGUUUGGUUUUGGACAUGCAAGUGAAAAUCAUCAGAAGGGGGUCAAAUGGAGAUGCUUAUGCCAAUAUUUGGACGAGUUGUAUAUUCCUAUACUAAUAAUAUUAGAGUAAAUAGGCAAUUUCGUCCCUGACUUAUUUUUUA